AUGCCAAGUGAUAUCCCACAUUCGGCUCCCACAAGGACGGGUGAACAUCAAUCAUCAAAUAACGUAUCUAAGCGGAAAGGCCCGCAUAGCUUGGGAAGCUAUGACUUAGAGUCGGGCUCAUUGCAAAGAAAACGGACAUUGGUUCGUAGAAAUAGAAGCAGGCAUACUUUUGUAUAUUCUGCAUACCCGAACAGUUCACCAUUAACUGGUCGCGAAGAAUCAAACAGACCAUCAUCUGUGCAUAGAGAUAAUUCGCUGGAGGAUCCCAAUGAUAUUCAACUGACUGAUAUGAAUGCUCCCGUGGAGACAGCUUCAUCCAAAGAUAAAUAUGCAGUUCAAAAGUUCGAUAAAUUUAAUAGUGAUGCGGAUAAUCGUAGCAGUUUUUCGGACAUCACUCUUAAUGAAGAUAGCCCAGAAACGGUCCCACUUACUUCUCGUUAUGGAAUAUCUAUUUCCCCUAGGAGAAUCCGUGACUUGAAUAAAAGUCACAAGAAAUUUCCAUUCUGGAAGAUAUACUGUUACUGUGUGACAUUUUGGGCACCUCCACCUCUUUUAAAUUUAUUUGGUUUGAAAUCCCAGCAAAGGCAGUACGCAUGGAGGGAGAAGAUGGGCUUAAUAUCAAUAAUUCUAGUUCUUGGUUUAAUCAUUGCAUUUUUAACUUUUGGCUUCACAAGAUCUGUUUGCAGAAACUCAAUGUCAUUAACACCAAAGGAUAUCAGUACUGGUUACUUAGUCAUCAAUGGUAGAGCCUACAAUUUGGAUUCUUCGUCGCAUCCAGCGGCACCAGGAAUUUCUGCCGGAUCGAACAUUCUUUAUCCCCCGGCUAAUGCUGGAGGUAAAGAUGGAACCUUGUUGUUUCAGAAUGUCAAUGGGAAUUGUAAAGGACUAAUUACACCGAGAGAUAAUUGCACAAUUCCACACUCUGGUGAAGAAUUAGCUUGGUAUAUGCCAUGCAAACUCCUCAACAUGGAUGGAUCAAGUCAUCCAAACUUUACUUUUGACUACUAUGAUGGGUAUGCUUGCCAUACAUCUCCUGAAGCCAGAAAGGCUUUUUACUCAUUAAAGUCAACUGGAUUUGUUCAUUAUUCUUGGGAAGAAAUCUCCAAUAAGAGCAGAAAUUUUGUUGUUUAUAAUGGCAAUGUUUUGGACAUGGAUAUAUUAAACUGGAUUCAAACAGAUGACCUUGACUAUCCAAAUCUUUUUGAUACCUUGAAGGAUGAUAAAUUACUAAGAGGAUAUGAUAUAUCGAAAAUACUUUCAAGCUCGGGUGAACGUCGCGCAGCCCAAUGUCUAAUAGAAAUUGCCAAAGUUGGUGUUGUUGAUACUACAACUGUUGGAUGUAUAUCGGCAACCAUAGUUUUAUACAUUUCUCUUAUAUUUGUUCUAGCUUUAGUGAUUGCCCAAUUCGUGGUUGCAUGCUAUUUCAAAUGGUUUGUGUCACCUAGGCAAGGUAUCAACAUGUCAUCUAUGAAUAAUCGAGAAAAGAUGAUAGAAAAAUGGACCGACGGGAAAACAGAACAGGCACAUAUACAAACAAUACCUCCAGAAAGACGCGCGGGGUAUAGAGAAAAGACUUCAUCAAGGGCCAUUGGCUAUCAUUCAGGAAAUAACUUGAAAAGACGUGCCUUGAGACAAUCAUGGGGUGGUGAUAUUUCGGAGUUCAUUGAUGUAAAAAAACAGUAUGUUCACCCAGCAUCAGGUGAUUAUGAUCCAAAGUAUUUAACAAUGACGGCUGAAAGAUAUCUUGCGUCAUCCAAGAGAAAGAGCACUAAAAUGAGUGCAAACAACUUUGCAGAACAUACACUUGAAGACAAUCAUAGCACAAAUUCAUUCGCAAAGUCCGAAAUUUCUUCGUUGGACCCAGCAAUUGUGAGUGGAAAAGUCUUGGAACAGCAGCCAGUGGAUUGGGAACCAUUUGGAUAUCCUUUGAUACACAUAAUGUGCUUAGUGACUUGCUAUUCGGAGGGUGAAAGCGAAAUUAGGACGACACUUGACUCGGUUGCUACAACAGAUUACCCAAAUUCUCAUAAAUUAUUGGUUGUCAUCUGUGAUGGUCUGAUCACUGGUGCCGGAAAUUCGAAGUCAACACCUGAUAUUUGUCUUGAUAUGAUGUCUGAUUUGGUUGUGAAUGAGAAUGAGGUCAAACCAUACUCCUAUGUUUCCGUUGCAGAGGGAUCAAAACGGCAUAACAAGGCAAAAGUGUAUGCCGGAUUUUAUAAAUAUGAUAACAACACAAUACCCGUCGAAAAACAGCAGAAAAUACCAAUGUUACUUAUUGUCAAAUGCGGAACUCCAGCCGAAGCAGGCUCGGCUAAACCAGGUAAUAGAGGCAAAAGAGACUCCCAGAUUAUACUCAUGUCAUUUUUGGAAAGUGUCAAUUACAAUGAAAGAAUGACUGAACUAGAGUUUGAAAUGUUGAAAUCGAUAUGGCAGGUUACUGGAUUGAUGGCGACAUUUUAUGAGGCAUUACUAAUGGUUGACGCUGAUACUCUUGUUUAUCCGGAUUCUGUUACCCAUUUAGCCGCCGAACUUGUCAGGGAUCCGGAAGUGAUGGGUCUUUGUGGAGAGACUAGAAUUGCCAAUAAGGCUCAAUCCUGGGUUACUGCUAUUCAGGUGUUUGAGUACUAUAUCUCACAUCAUCAGGCUAAAGCAUUUGAGUCUGUGUUUGGCAGUGUGACAUGUCUACCAGGAUGCUUCUGCAUGUACAGAAUAAAGGCUCCUAAGGAUAUAAACGUGUGGGUACCGAUUUUAGCUAAUGCCGAUAUUGUCGCCAAAUAUUCUGAAAAUAUACUGGACAGCUUGCAUAGAAAAAACCUUCUCUUAUUAGGGGAAGAUCGGUAUCUCUCCUCAUUAAUGCUUAGAAAUUUUCCUAGAAGGAAGCAAAUAUUUGUGCCGAAGGCUGUGUGCAAGACGGUUGUUCCAGAUAAGUUUAAGGUUCUUCUUUCUCAAAGACGACGCUGGAUUAAUUCAACCGUUCAUAACUUAAUGGAGCUUGCACUAGUUAAAGAUCUUUGUGGUACAUUCUGUUUCUCGAUGCAAUUUGUCAUCAUAAUUCAACUAAUUGGUACACUUGUACUUCCAGCAUCGAUCACUUUCACUCUUUAUAUUAUCCUUGUUGCCAUCAUUUCCCCCGUGAAGCCGAUCAUGUCACUUAUCUUGAUGGCCAUUGUUUUCGGACUCCCAGCAAUACUCAUUGUGGUAACUAUAACCAGCCCAAUGUAUAUUAUCUGGAUGCUUAUUUAUAUGAUCUCUCUACCAAUAUGGAAUUUCAUACUCCCAGCAUACGCAUACUGGAAGUUUGAUGACUUCAGCUGGGGUGAUACCAGAAAGACUCAGGGUAAAGCCAAGGAUGCCAAUAUUGACAAGGGCGAAUUUGAUGGUUCGCAGAUUGUUCAGAUGACCUGGAGGGAGUACGAACAACAAAGAAGAGAAAAUGAAACUGCUGUUCCCCAAGCUUAUAAUCCGAGCUACUGCACUGAUUCUUAA